AUGGUGACAGGCGGUAGUGAUGGCGGUGGCGGCGGCGGGCGGCACCGGCGGCUGCGGCUGGAGGAAGCGGCGGCGGCGGCGGUGGUAGUAGCAGCCGGGCGCGGCGCCCGAGCCCAAAGCGCGGCCCGCCCCAUGGCCGCCGCCAUGGGCAUGACGCCCAAGGAGCUGUCUGACUUUGACGACCUCGUCACGGCCCUCGUCCUCGACCCCUACCUCGGAUUCAAGACGCACAAGAUGAACCUCAAGUUUCGGUCACCAAAGGCCAAGACGGAUGAACUGAAGAAGGUUGUGUUGGAGUUCCAGCAGCAUCAGGACUACGACAAGGCGUAUGCGAGCGUUGCCUCCAAGGACUGGUAUCCGUCUUUAUUUGGUGCCAGGACAGCUGCAACAUUCACCGCCCGACAAGCCUUAUUUAAAGAACACCUGUUCCGGUAUUUGCGGAUCUUCGACAAGGCGAGCGGGUUCACGAUCGAGCCGUGCACCCGGUACUCGAUGGAGGGCCACGUUGGGGGCCGCCUUGUGGCGACGCGGAUGUGGGAGAAGAACCAGAACAUCGACAUGCUCGUGGGCUGCAUUGCGGAACUGACUGAGGAAGAGGAAGAACAACUCCUGCGCCCCGGCUUGAACGACUUCUCGGUCAUGUACUCGUGUCGCAAGAACUGCGCCCAGCUCUGGCUCGGCCCGGCCGCGUUCAUCAACCACGACUGUCGGGCCAGUUGCAAAUUUGUUGCAACUGGGAGAGACACGGCGUGUGUGAAGGCAUUACGAGAUAUAGAAGUGGGCGAGGAAAUCACGUGCUUCUAUGGCGAGGACUUCUUUGGUGACGCCAACUGCAAUUGCGAAUGUGAAACGUGCGAGCGGCGAGGAAGUGGGAAGUUUUCGGUGCGAUCCGCAGACCUAAAUGGUUCGGACGAGAAAGAAAACGGCUACAACCUCCGAGAAACGGACGGGCGUCUACAUCGGCUCCGAUGGGACAAGAUUCUCGGCGGCGGCAGAACAACAACCGAUGCUUCCUCUCAAGUCUCUUCAUCUUCCUCAUCAUCGUCAUCGUCAUCUUCUGGGACUGGUGGCGGCGGCAAGUCAGGUUCAGCAGCAACUGCGACGGCAACGCGAAAUGGUCACAAGCCGCUGCAAAACGGCGGUGGCGUCAAGUCAGCUGUUGCUUCUGCGGUGGCGUCCCGAAAGCCGGUGAUUGCUCGCGCGCGGGCCGAUUCCACGACUCCGCUGGCCCGAGUUCGUCGGUCGCGACGGCGGCGGCAACUUGAAGAAGAGGAGGGUGAAGAAGAAGAGGAGGAAGUGGGAGUGGUAUUGCAAGAGGUUGAGGCGGCAGUGGCGGUCGAGGUGGAGGAUGAUGCGCAUCGUCGGAAGGGUGUUGAUGUCAUUGAAUGCGGCCACUUCUUGUCUUCUGCCUCUUCUUCAUCGUCGUCGGCGGCGGCGAACCACCAAGUGUGUCAGCAACGGCGAGCCCUGCUCAGUGCCGCCAUGUUCCAUCCCGAGUACGAGGUGCUCAAGAUGGAGGGCAUCACGCCGACGGCGCUUCGACAGCAACAGCGGAGGAGCAAGCACAAGCGGAACAAGCAUCACCGGAAGAAGAGGAAGCGGAGGGAGUCGCCUGUGUGGACGCCUUCACCGCCGCCACUGCCGACGGACCUGGAGCACGUGUCACCCAAGCGGCUCAAGUUGAUUCCUUCCGUUUCCGGUUCCGGUGGCGGGAGGCAGUUGCUUGCAUUGAUGUCGUCAUCGUGUCGAGCGAUUCCUGAAGAAAUCCCUGCGGUGAUUGGGUUCUUUUUCAAGUGGCUUCCACGUGCGGCCAUUGCGGGGAAUUUCCAAAAUUCGACGUACUGUAGUCUCCUUCUCCUCAUUGAAUAA